AGUGUGGGUGAGUGUGUGACUUGGGUGCCCGUCGCUGGCUGUAGUGACUGUGCCGCUGGGUGCUCUGCAGAGGCAGUGACGUCAGCCGCCUGCCUCUCACUCCCUUCCUGCUGCAUCACAACAGCCACAGCGCAUAGCUCCGUACUAGCUCCAGUGACCAACGCACUCAGCUAAUUCAUUCAUUAAACACAUCUCCUCACUGACGGCGCUAUACUUCACCUACGACAGCGUCCCGACACGGGGGAGGAGACCGACAGGACUUGGUUGCAGUGCGAUCGCCCCGCUCCAGCUGCUGUUGGGAUAUGGCCAGGCCGGAACAGGUUCUGCUCUUGGAGCCGCAGCACGAACUCAAAUUCAGAGGUCCUUUCUCAGACGUGGUCACCACAAACCUCAAGCUCUCCAACCCCACAGACAGGAAUGUGUGCUUUAAGGUGAAGACGACAGCGCCGCGCCGGUACUGUGUGCGGCCAAACAGCGGGAUCAUCGAUGCAGGCACCUCCAUCAAUGUCUCAGUUAUGCUACAGCCCUUUGACUAUGACCCCAACGAGAAGAGCAAACACAAGUUCAUGGUGCAGUCCAUGCUAGCACCUCCGGACAUGACCGACAUGGAGGGAGUGUGGAAGGAGGCCAAACCCGAGGAGCUGAUGGACUCGAAGCUGCGGUGUGUUUUUGAGCUGCCAGCGGAGAACGAGAAAACGCAUGAUAUGGACAACAAGAUUACGUCCAGCUUGCUGAAGUCCGAGUCCUCCGCGCUGCCUCAGAAGCUGAUGAGCUCCACCCUGGACGACGGAGAGGUGAAGAAGAUCAUGGAGGAGUGCAAGAGGCUGCAGAUGGAGGCACAGCGACUACGAGAAGAAAACAAACAGAUCCGGGAGGAUGACGGCCUCCGAAUGAGGAAGAGCAACAUGAUGUCCCAGCAUGCAUCAGUGGGCAUGAAGCGAGAGGAGGGGCUUAGCGCUCGCACCAUCGCCCUCAUCGUCCUGUUUUUUGUGCUCGGGGUCAUCGUCGGCAAACUGGUCUUGUAGAGUGUCCGCAUGCUUUUGGGGUGAAAACUACCAACUUCGACAAAAAAACACGGGAUCUGGGUGUCACUCUCUUUUGGAAUCGGAAAUGCCAUAUCGUUCCGGGUGGGGGUGGUAACAAUUUUGAUUUAUUUCUGUUAAAAAAAUGAUAACUAAAAAAGAUAAUUCAAAAGGUUAUGCGAAUACAAGAAGAAAUCUACUGUUACAGGUCUUGCCUUGAAGUAACGUAAACAUUUUGGCCCAAUUUCCCAAAGGUGUAUGUAUAAAAAAGUUUGGAUGGUCAUGAUUUUGGAUUUUCUAACACUGGCGAGGUAGUGGUGGUGCGAUUGUGUGCGAAUGUUGAUUUCAGUGUAACGUCGUUUGUUUUUCUAAAUGACGGCCAGAGGCUAUGUACGUGUAUUAUGCCCUAUACCCCAGCCCACUGUACAGAAUAUCCUACCAGCUACAGCCCCCUUUAAGAUGAUGGGAUCUAACCAGAGAGAUGAUCACUACUAAUGGAUAACACUCGCAUAUAGGGCUAGUUUAAACUGACUCCACCAAUCAGAGGGAAAAAUCUACUUUUUUCUAAGCCCAAAACUGUGAAAUCUAAGUGCAAACAAGUUAAUAUACUGUGUCUCUAAAGGUUGGCGGUUUGUAGCUUGCCUUCAUAUAAAUAUUUCCAAGUGUGUUAUGAUCACUACAAUUUUUUGCUUUAAUAAAGUUGUUGGUCCAGACGUUAAAGUGGGUGGACUUGAGAUUCUAUAGUUUAAAUUAAUUGGCUAUAAUUAAACCUGGAUACCUUACUUUAUCAAUAGUUCAAACAAUAUACAUAUGGGGAAUCAUUUUGGCUAAGAAAUGUGUAACUAUUGUUGAACAUUUUAUAGAUGGCUAUGAAUGAAACUGUGGUUCUGAUUUGGUUCACUAAGUACGAUCAUCACAAUGCUGACAUUAUACAUUAUAUAUUUUGCAUAUUAGGCUAUAUAAUGCACAUUUUGCACUGCUUUUAACCUGUAAACUGGUUGAGGGGUUGAUUUCCAUUCUAGCCUUCAAUAUUUCCUUAGUGUGACCUAAAUGUAAGCAUUGUAAUGUCUGCCACUGUCUUUAUAAUUAGUAAAUGUUGACAUAAGUAACUGUAAGGUGUCUUUUUACUAAAUCUGGCUUAUAAGGAACUUGGUUGUGUUGCUAGCACAUAUUGAAGUUAAUGUAAAGGUGCACUUUGUAACUUUCCUAGUGGGAGGCUCUGGCAUCAGCUUGUCUCCAUGGAAAUAUUUAAUAAAUAUAUUUACUUUGCCUGGAAUCUUCCACAGUAUGACAUUUAUUCAAUUACAGGUGUAUUCAUCGCAAAAAAGCCUGUCAUUGGGUUGCCUCGCCACAGACUUGACUUGUAGAUUGGUGGUGUAACCUUGUCACUUGACCUCAUGGGGAUUAAGAUAAGUUAAUGCUAUAUGGUGAAACAUUACAGGCCAAAUUAUAACAUCUCUAUGGAGACAAGCAGGUGGCGAACUUCCACCCUAAAAUUUACAUAAUACACCCUUAAGCUUUUAAAGAGAUUGCAUUGCCUUUUACGCAUAGACUUUGUUCAUUAUGAAGGAAAUGAACUCUCCAUUCAUGCACUGUACUCUAACAUAGUAUAAUAACUGGUUUGCACAUAUUUCCAGAAUUCUUUGGGCCUAUGUAUCGAACACUACCAUAGUAUUUCCUUAUCUCGUGUCCUUUUUCCACUCACCUGUCACUCACGACGCCCACGCCUUUCGAGGGCUCGUUUUACUGCAUGCGUUCACAAUGAAGAGUGUUGCAUCUGGACUUUUUCAACCUAAUUUAAUGGCUUUUAUAAUACGGUGAUAAUAAUAAAUGUGUCAUUUUUGGCUGUAGGUUUGCACAACUACACUUCUGAUUUUGUUUCUCUCUGUGUUUUGUUGCGUUUUUAUGAUUUUAAGUAAUUUCGUUUUUUGUCUGUCGUUAACAUCUAAAGCAUUUAAGGAAAUAGCAGCUACAUGAAAUGAACCAGUUUAGCUUUUAGAGUCUUGCCUUGUGACCUGUUUCAGCGAGUUAUUCUCAGUCCAAAAAGGUGGUAUGAAUUAGCAUUUUAAAACAAGAUCAUUAAAAAAACAAGUAACAAGUUGAUAGAUUACAAUUUGUAUAGUUUUCAAAAUAAAAGAGACCACUGCAAAUGUAUUUUUGCGCAAUCUGUGCACAUUUUCAAGAUUUAACAGUGUAUAAAAAUGUUGCCUGGUAAAUUCAGAAUAUCUCUCUAUUUUAACACUGAGGGAUAUCAGUCUGAAUCUGGCUGACAGAGGGAGUGGGGACCAGACAGUACUAUUCAGUCAGAUUUAUUCCAGUGACUCGUGAAACAAAUGAGCUCACUGAUCACCCAUAAUUUUUUAACAAAAUGACAUUUCUCUCACUUUAGAUUAGUGCUUUGCUCAGUGAUUCUGCAAAAAUUUGUUUUGAUUCAGAUGGAUAAUGUGUGUCCCUGAUUGUCUUAUCCACCUGUCAAUCACAUCCAUCUGAACACACGUUUGUAAAGUAUUGAAGUGUAUAUUAUGGAUCCCAGGCAACAGAAACUAUCAUCAGGUCACUAAGUGGUCUCUUAUUCCUUUCUAAGCUGUCUUAAGACUUACUCCGUCAUUUAUCACAUAUUUUUGUUCAUUUUGUGUCCCCAUUCAAGUAUAGUUUAAAUGGAGGCAAAGCGCUUUAAAGCUAUUCACUGUCUAAAGUCUUAAGCCAUAUUUUUACAUAGGAUCCUCCAUAUUCCACAUUUGUUCAUCUAAAUACACCUAAAUCUGCUCCUCUUUGGAUCUUCCAGCACCAUUUAAAUUUUUUUCAAAACCAUAAAGCUCAUGCUAUUGUCUCAAGGGACCAUAUCAGCACAUAUAUAAAUACCACCAACAAACAAAUUAAAAGCUGACAACACAUUUUAAAUCCAUUAACAAUAUAAUUUGCUAAUUUGAACAUGAAUUGAUUGGUUGAGGAUGACUUGCUGUUUAGAGGGAGGGCACAGCAGUCCUGAGUAUAUACUUAUCAAAUCGUACAAGUACUUUUGGAGUACUAUAACAUAAAAAUACCACAAAUAUACAGUUGAUUAGGAUUCACACUGAAUCUCCAGCCAUGUUACAGCCAACCACAGCAGUUUGGUACUCACACCAUGGAACACAAUUGUAACGAUUUGUAAAAUAAAUUGCUAAUAGUUAUGGUUUCAAGCUGGUUGUAUAAUUCUCGCUGUCUCUCUGACCAUCACCGUGACCAGUGUCAAAGCAGUGGAGAGAGAAACUGUUUUGUAUGUAUAUAAAUAAAUAAAUAAAUGAGUCUAUCUGAAAGAAGAAGAUGAAUAUUCCUAGUCAAGUAGUCUCUCUGGUGUAUAAAAACAACCCAACGACCUGGUUGGACUAUGUAGCAUCUUAAUAAAUUAAAUGAAUAAAGCCCCUUA